AUGUCUUUUCCUGAGGAUGCCGUUUCACCUACGACGUUACCCCCUAGAGUUGCCGGUUUAUCCCUCUCUCCUACAGAACUUGAUACCAGCGGCCAACCACCCCCCAGAAGCAGCCAUGGGAUGGUACAAGAUGAGGCAGUUGAAGACGACAGUGGACAUGUCUCCCAAAAUGAAGCAGUUGAAGAUAUCUCUGCACUAACUCAUCCUCCAUUGAAGCCCCUUUUUACGGUUAUAGGGGAUACAACUUCGUCAGAAUACUUCCACCCAACAGUGCACUACAUAUUUUCUGAUGAUGAUACAAGCCUCAUAACCGAAGCAGCUCUUCGAUCUCUAGAGUCGAAUAACCAAAGAAAAACAUCAUGGAGCACAGACUCCAUCUCCCAGAAAGAAAAGAAGAAAGGAAAAUCCGUCCCGAAAACUAAAGCCGCAUCGGAACAAUUCAUCAUUCUGGACAUGGAACCCACAUAUACAAAUUAUACCAGGGCUGCUGGCAGUGCAGCAAAAACCACUGAUGCCCAAGAAACAUCCGUCCACCCUAAACCUGCUCCUCAAGUCUUUCAAGACUUCAAGGUAACAUCCGCUCAUAGCUUAUCGCCUUCCUGGCAAGUGAUAAAUACAUCGCUAUCUCCGGCUCCGAAUUUUGAUUCGACUUCCAACAAUCCUGCUUCGACAGAUCGCGAUAGUAACACGGUACUUAUGAUUGAAGGAACUUCUGGGUUCGCUUCUGACAGUACUACCGUACGACAGCAGGCUCAGCAGACGCAAACUCUGGAAGAAAUGAUGGAUCAGUUUGCCAAACGUAUGGAGGAGUUGAAGAAGGUCGUCGAAGCAAGUGGAGAACACUCGUUUUCCCAGUUGGUAACACAUGCAGAAAACCAAGAAGGUUAUGCUCAACCGGAAGAACAGGAUCAAAGCUGA